AUGCUGAUUUACCGUUACAUUAACACACCUGCUGGCGAGUUCAAAUCUGAAAAAAUUAUCGAAAUGUCUUCGGAUUAUUUGAGGGAUCAGGCAUUUUUUUUACAUCGAGAAGAACAACUAACAUAUCAUGAUCCGAUCCUCAUGGGACUAUAUGGAUAUCGUGAUAAUUUUUGCUUUCCAACAUCAUCAUACAUAUAUCUCUUUAAUAGUAUACUUACUUUUUCGCCAGAUAAAUAUAAUGAAUCACAUAUACCUCUGAUCAGUACUUCUCGAUAUCCGAUCACAUUCACAACAGAAACGUACUGUUAUACUCAGCCUUUACUUUCCACGUUACAAUUCGAUCAACAAUCUCUGGAUGAAUUCGUACCAGUAACAUUUCCGCCACCUCCACCAUCUUCACCUUCUAAUCCCGCGCAUAUCUUUAGAUUUACUUCAUGGCUUCUAGCAUUGCAGCAAGCAGUGCAAAGUAAAAUCGAUAUUGAGAAUCUAAUAGAGACGUGUGCAAAGAUGCUGACACGGACAAAUAAACAAGAAUCAUAG